AUGACAAAAGCAUCAACUGAAGAAUAUCCAUAUAACCUUGGGUCUUACGGGAAGGUGAUUACAACCACUAGCCCGGAAGCCCAAAUAUGGUUUGACCGUGGGCUCGUGUGGGCGUACUCUUUCAACCAUAAGGAAUCUGUCGUCUGUUUCAAACAGGCACUGGUGCAUGAUCCAUUAUGUGUGAUGGCCUACUGGGGGAUGGCCUAUUCUCUCGGUCCCAACUACAACCAACCUUGGGAUUUUCUCGGCAACGAUUUGGCCGCCAUCGUUAAAAACACGUAUCGAGCGACAGUCAAAGCUCGAUUCCUCUCUAAAAAAAAUGGUUCCCCCCUGGAACAGGCCCUCACCAAGGCAAUCUCCGCCCGCUACCAAAGUGAUAAGCCGGCCAGCAUGGCACAAUAUGCUAUUCAAAAUCUGGCCUAUGCUGAUGCCAUGAAAGAGGCAUAUGAAAGUUUUAGUGAUGAUUUGGACGUGGUCACUCUGUACGCUGAUUCCCUGAUCAGCCUCACCCCCUGGAAAUUGUGGGACAAGGUGACCGGUGCACCAAACCCAGGUGCUCGUACCAUGGAAGCAAAGAGAGUGCUGGAGACAGCUCUCCAACAUAAAGAUGCCUCAAAACAUCCCGGCCUCCUGCACAUGUACAUCCAUCUUAUUGAAAUGUCGCCCUUCCCAGAAUUAGGUCUCCGACCGGCGGACUAUCUCCGCGAUCUGGUGCCAGAUGCGGGCCAUAUCACGCACAUGCCAUCCCACCUGGACGUGCUGGUUGGAGACUACCGAAGUGCCGUCCGCGCAAACCAGCGUGCCGCUAUUGCAGACGAGAAAUAUCUGGCGCUGAAAGGCCCAUUCAAUUUCUACUCCGUCUACCGCAUGCACACCUACCACUCUCUCAUCUACGCCGCCAUGUUUGCCGGCCAGAAACAGGCCGCAUUCAGAGCCGUGGAUCGCAUGGAGGCCACUUUGCCGAAAGAACUGCUCUCGGCACUGGCGGACUACAUCGAGGUCUUCAUGUCUGUGCGCGCACACAUCAUGAUACGGUUCGGCAUGUGGGAUGAAAUUAUCAAAAUCCCGAUCCCCUCAGAUCCAGAGCUGUACUGCAUGACGAUAGCGGUUCUGCACUACGCCAAGGGCGUGGCAUAUGCAGCCUCGGGGAACGUGCCGGAUGCAGAGCGUGAGCGAGAGCUCUACCGAGCCGCGCGAGAUCGGGUCCCCGAUACGCGCUUGGACUGGCCCAACAAGUGCAUCGAUAUUCUGGGGGUGGCGUCGGAAAUGCUGGACGGAGAGAUCGAGUACCGUCGUGGGAACUACACCGAGGCUUUCGAGCAUCUACGUCGCUCGAUUGACUUGGAUGAUAGUCUGGGUUACAGUGAGCCCUGGAGUUGGAUGCAGCCCACUCGCCAUGCAUAUGCGGCUCUUUUGUUAGAGCAGGGUCAUGUUGAGGAUGCAGCGGCUGUCUACCAGGCUGACCUGGGUCUUGAUAGCACUCUAAUCCGUGCUCGUCAGCAUCCGAAUAAUGUAUGGGCUUUGCAGGGCUAUCAUGAAUGUUUGAUACGUCUUGGUCGGCAUGAUGAGGCGCGCAUCAUUGGACCGCAGUUGGCGGUAGCAGCUGCCGUGGCUGAUGUGCCUGUAACGUCUUCAUGUUUCUGUCGUCUGGAUACCUCGCAAGCGCCCAAUCUUGGCAAGAGUUGUUGCAAAUAA